AUGUCAGUUUCACAACGUUUCGACCUGGUGAAGAAAAAGAAUUUAUGCAUCAACUGUUUUUCGUCCUCGCACAUCAUGAGAAAUUGUUCAUCCAGUUCCUGCAAAGUUUGCAGCCAGAAGCACCACACUAUGCUCCACCAAAUCCCGAAUGAUCGCUCUUCUUCGCAAUCAAAAUCGUUUCCACCAUCCACACACUAUUCAUCGACUUCGCCAUCGACUCAGAAUGCUCAAACAAACAUCUCGAAUAAGUCUUCCUCGCAAUUGCAUACCACGUUGUUACCAGAACCUCAAACACCUUCGACCUCGGAGACUGUCACUAGUCUCAUUUCUACUUCACUAGUUGGUAGUACAAGAACCAUACCAUCCACCGUACUGCUACAAACAGCGCUCGUAAAGGUCUUCGACCUCAACGGUCACACACAAUGGGCAAGAGCACUGUUAGAUCCUGCAUCCCAGCUUAACCUCAUCACGGAAAACCUGGUGCAGAAACUCAAGUUGCGCCGUUAUCCCGACUACCAAGAAAUCGGAGGCGUAGGCAAUUCUUUCGUCGUAUCGUCGCACACAGUCACGGUUCGGAUUGGAUCACACUGUUCAGAUUUCGUAACCUGUCAUAUUUUGAAGAGGAUUACUCAUGAACUCCCUACGAGGUCCAUCAAUAAGUCGUCGUGGAUUAUUCCUUCGGAUAUCACUCUAGCUGAUCCCAAAUUCUACGAACCGGGAUCAAUCGACCUUCUGUUAGGAAUGGAGAUGUAUUAUGAUUUACUUUUGAAUGGUUUCAUCAAACUCGGACCUGAACAGCCAAUCAUGCAAAACACAGUGUUUGGCUGGGUUGCUUCAGGAAAAAUAGACUCUGGGCAUACAGAGCAUACAGAUCGAAAAUUUGCUCAUGUUUGCGGAUCCAAGUCACUUGAGAAACAAUUAUCUCGAUUUUGGGAUUUGGAGUCCUGUUGGCGUGAUAGUACACAUUCCCUAGAAGAAUCUGCUUGUGAAGAGCAUUUCUCAAAAUUUACCUUCCGUGACACCUUCGGAAGAUUCGUAGUUACCCUACCCAAACGUCAAGCUUUUCUGACUCAACUUGGACAAUCGAAACAAAUUGCAACCAGAAGAUUUCUGGCAUUAGAACGUCGAUUGGAUUCCGAUGUCAGAUUAAAGGAAUCUUAUUCAAACUUCAUCCAAGAAUAUUUAUCGCUAAAUCAUAUGAGAGAGAUAGAUGAUGAAAAAUCUAUAGUCACUCCAUCGUACUAUUUACCACACCACUGUGUACAAAAAGCGGAUAGCACCACUACCAAGCUACGCGUUGUGUUCGACACAUCAUCGCGAACGGAUAGCGGAGUUUCAUUAAAUCAAGCGUUGAUGGUCGGUCCAGUCAUACAGGACGAUUUGUUUUCGCUAAUCGUCCGAUUUCGAAUACAUAAAAUUGCAAUCAUAGCGGACAUCGAGAAGAUGUUCCGCCAAAUUGGGAUACACCCAUCUGAUCACGCACUCCAUAGAAUUCUAUGGCGAAAUUCCUCACAGGAGCCGAUACGUACGUUUGAGCUCACGACCGUGACAUACGGUACGGCUUCGGCGCCAUACUUAGCUACCAGAUGCCUGAAGGAGCUGGCCAAGCAAGAGAGCAUCAACUAUCCAAAUGCAUCGCGGGUCCUUGAGAACGAUUUUUUCAUGGACGACAUGUUGACUGGAGUGAAUACCAUCGAAGAAGGGAAGGAACUCUGUACACAACUGAUCCAGCUGUUACAAUUAGGCGGAUUCAACCUACGCAAAUGGGCGUCGAAUUCCAAUGCUACUCUUUCGAAAAUUCCGGCUGAGUUACAUGAUGAGAGAUCACUGUUUACGUUGGAUGUCGAUCCUACGCCUAUCAAAGCUCUCGGUUUGCAGUGGGAACCAUUACUCGACAGAUUUAAAUAUGCCAUACCGGAAUGGUCACAGGGACCCACAAUCACUCGACGUGUCGUUCUAUCGGACACCGCUAAACUCUACGAUCCGCUUGGGUUAAUCGGUCCGGUUGUGGUAAUAGCCAAAAUCUUCAUACAAACUCUUUGGCAAUGCACUAACUCAUGGGAUGAGCCACUAGAAGAAGCACACCAAAAGUUUUGGCUCGAGUUUCGCAGUACUUUGAAUGAUUUGUCAUUGCUUUCUAUUCCUAGAUGGGUUGACUGCAGACCGACUCCAGCAGCAGUUGAAUUGCAUGGUUUUUGCGACGCGUCGGAAAAGGCCUAUGGAGCCUGCAUUUAUAUGCGUACAGUUUCUGCUGAUGGAAUAAUCUCUGUGCAUCUUAUGGCGGCAAAAUCGCGAGUAGCGCCGCUAGGUGUUUCGAAGGGCCAAAGGCGAAUAUCUUUGCCGAGGCUAGAGCUUUCAUCAGCACUUCUUUUGAGUCAUCUUUUCAAUAAAAUAAACACUAGUAUUCCGUUGAAUUUCAAACCGUUCUUUUGGACGGAUUCCUUGAUCACGUUACAUUGGCUCAGAUCGACGCCUUCGCGCUGGAAGACGUUCAUCGCGAACAGAGUAUCAGAAGUGCAACAUCUCACAGCAAAUGGUAUUUGGGCACACGUUCCUGGGAUUGACAACCCUGCUGACAUCAUAUCCCGAGGAAUGUAUGCUGUUCAGCUCAAGGAUACAGCAGCAUGGUGGAAUGGUCCAUCUUGGCUUAGUCAACAGCCUCGUUUCUGA